AGUUGACGUACAGCCCUCAAGCUUCACUAACCCUUACCCAUAAAAAUAUAUAAUAUUUAUUUGAAAUGCACAUCGCAAGUUUGCUAUUUUGUGUCCUCGUCAUUUGGCACAAUUACGAAUCUCUGGCCAAUCCUCCUGAAAGUCCUGUUCAGCAAUGUCUUGGAUUUUGUGAUCUAAUGGGUCGUGGUCAUGAUAGUAUCUACCAGCAAGAGUGGAAUAAGACAGAGACUAGGAUAAAGGCCCUGCAGGAUCAAAUAACUCAAAUCGAGACACAACUGUCAAAAUCAAAACCGAAACUUGACAAUUUUAUUGAAAUCGGCACAAGGUAUUUUUACAUAGAAGAGGACUUUCGAGUUACUUGGUUCACGGCAGUUGAAUGGUGUCGAGACAAGGGAGGACAACUGGCGGUCAUCCAGAAUGAAGAGGAACUAAACGCCAUUAACGCCAAGCUCGACCCAAAUAGUAGUUACUGGCUGGACAUCAAUGACUUGGCUUAUGAAGGUCAAUACGAGUCUUGGACAUCCGGCAAGAGAGCUCCCUAUCUCAAGUGGUGGGGCGACGAACCCAACAACAGCAACGAGAAUGAGGAUUGUGUGCUUCUCAAGGAAAAUGUAAUGCGGGAUGAGGCAUGUUAUAAUUCCUGUUACUAUAUAUGCCAAUCAGACAUUGUUGAUUGGUAGAUAGAUUUAUAUAAUGAAUUCUUUUGGUUAAAAUAAUAAAGAUACUCUAGAAGACACACAUUAAAACGU